AUGACGAGUAACUUAUUCGCAAGAGCAGGAGGAUUCCUCUCCGGUCCGUUGGUCAUCCGAACGGUGGCGGUUUCUGAACCGUCAGCCAUCUCGGCACUUGCAUCGACGACACCCUGUCCCUGUCCAGCUGAAGAUGCUCCCCCCAGCGCCAGUGGCCACAGGCCAUCCGCCUAUCAUCAUCACCCAAGGACGGACAAACACGCAGCUGUAUGUGAGCAGUCGGCUACUAAACAAGCUAAACGAAACAAGAGCGUGUCACCCGUCUUUGCUCCGUACUCACACAUGCAUAUCCCCAUCGAAGGCUGCAUAUACUGUAUCAGUGUUCAUAUACGAUCCAACCAGCCCUUUUGAGCAACUAACCGAAGGAAUGCCUAGCAACGGGGAGCACAUCCGUCCAAACGAAAUGCAGCAAUAGUCCCCCGGCUUCUCCUCCGAGCUCCAUCCGAUUGGACGCCCAUCGCAGAACCCGUCACUUAUAGUAGUCCGUGCUAUGUACUGUAGUAUUACUUACUACAUACGCUCAUCCCCACUU